AUGUCGCUUGUUACUUUACCAGCCGAGAUUGUCUAUCGUAUUUUGGAUCAUCUCGAUAUUUAUUCAACGUGGAUUUUAUUUAGUCGUGUCUGUAAACGAUUGCAUACAAUUACUAAUACUUAUGAUCGAUAUGAACUUGAUCUUUCCUCAAUUCCACAAGAUAACAUUAAAUUGAUUGCGAAUAUCAUUCGGCCCGAAAAUGUCAUCAAACUGAUUUUAUCUAACAAGUCGUUCGAGACAAAAAUUUUCGACUUCUUUCUUUCGCUUUUUGAUAACCGUGCUUUUUGCCGACUUCGUUCAUUGAUGUUGAAUCAAGUCAAAUGUAAUGAUCUUGAUCAUGUUUUACAAGCAUUUGCUAGUUGCCCACUUAGUUCAUUAUCCGUAGACAUAUGGGACACAUGGCGAAAUAAUAAAGUAGCAGCUUUUGUUAAUUCAACAGUUGUUCAAUUCAAACUUCGCAAGUUAAUUGUGAAAAAUUUCAAUCAUUUGGCUAAAAAUAUAUCUUGGCCAAAUAUUUGUAAUUUAACUUAUCUUUCAUUCGGUAGUUGUGAUUACUCAGAAUAUCAAACCGUUCUUGGUGAUUUACGAUAUCUAAAGACUUUAGUAAUACGAGAUUGUAUUAUUCAAGACCGUAAUCAAAUGAUCUUUACAUCUUAUCCGCAAUUAUUAUCUCUAACAAUUAGUGAUUGUAAUCUAUCGAUGAAUGAUAUUGAAUUUCUUCUAGCACAAACUCCUUCACUUUCGCAUCUUAAAUUGUGCUCUCAUCCGGAAAAAUUUGAUUCAGCAUACAAUGGUUUUUCAUGGGAACAGUUUAUUAAAGUUAAUAUUUCAUCUUUGGCAGAAUUUUGA